UACCAUGCGCGCGCGUGCAGUUCGUUUCAGCUAUAGUUGACCCCACAAUCACAUAAUAUUAUAAAAUAAUAUAGAUACAUAAAUAUCAUAUCUAUUAAAUAUUGUGAUAAAACGUCGUUCAAUAAUUCAAUUUUUCAAUACAUAAAUCGUUUUUGAGCCAACCGUCACCACCAUCAUCAUGAAGAGAUCAAUCGCCUGCCGUGUUCUGAUGAUACUGUGUGUAUUUGUGACGGUUCAAGUAAUAUGUGGAGCAGCCGUCGAUGAAUCUUCAGAAGUGUAUAAAGCGGUCAGCGAAAAUAAGGUAGGAUUGGUAACACACAUGAUUACCACUAAAGGAUUUGAAAAGGCAUCAAGACAGUUGGAAAUGUCGCCGCUCAGAGAAGUUGAUAUAAAUCCAACGGUAGGUGAUGAGGAUGAUACCGUGGCCAAGAAACAACCACGCCAUAUACGUCACAAAAGUUUAGGUUCGCGUGUAUCUACUAUCGAGAAACCAGAUGAGGAAAUACAAAACUAUACCAAAACAGAAAUUGACGGUGAACCGGAAGAGGAGAUGUCACAAUCAAUAAAUAAUCAACCGGAAAUCGGCAACGAUGAGACGAUGACGACGAGACGUGACGAUGAAAGCCAAUUGGCAAACGACAACGAUGAAAGUAAAAAGUUUGGAGACUAUACCUACCGCUUAAAUUCGGUUUCCGAACAUCCAAGGGUAAAACGCGCCAAGUCUAAAAAUAAAGAGUUGGAAUACUCUCGAUCGGCUGCCUCGAACCAGUAGUAAAUGCCUACCACAAAAGAACGGAUAUAACUGUACGAAUAUUUCUAUGACAUCUUAUAUGUAACUAUUAACACAAAAUAAACUAGUAAAAAAAAAACCCCAACUACUUCAAUACCUAAUAUAAUAUUUAUUUUAUUUUAGAACUCGACUUGCAUAAUCAAUAUAACUAGUGUUGGGCAUUAUUUAGUUAAAUAUUAAGU